UAGGUGGUGCAAGGUCUGAGCUUCUUGCCUUCAUGAUUCUGCGCCACUUCAGGUAUCGCCAUCGCAGUUGGGGAACAACCAACCGGUUGAUGACGACGACAUAUCCCUGAAUUUGCAGUUUUCACAACACAUACCUGUUGGUGAUUUGUAUGUAUGUUCUAGCGUUCUGCCACGAAUGCCGUUCUCCUAUUGGCUAGAUUAUUCACUAUCUAACCUGUUGUAGAUAGUUAGUAGCUUAGCAGUGUGCUGUUGUUAACAAAAUGGCGUCCUCUUCUUUGCGUUUUUGAAGUAUCUGUGAAGUGUCUUGUCAACUCUCACGCGUGUUAAUCAUAUGAUGUGCACUGCUCCCCUUUAUUGUUAUUUUCUUUACGGCGCAAUAGAGAGCAGAAACAAUACCAGCGCUUCAAGGAACGUUUGCCAUAAGCCUCACUAGUUUCCCGACAUAUGUUUUGUCCGCUAUCCUCUGAGGGAAGUUUCUUUGUCACACUUAGGUGCACAACCAGAUCGAUUCAAGCUUUAUUCUUGCGUGUGCGCCUGAAAACAGUGCCGCUGACCUGUUGGCGGAACGUUUGCUGGCUCACAUCGAUAAUGGCAAGAUAUUCAGGAUGUAUGCUGCAUCCAGACCUUGGGACUUUGUGCCACAACCUCUCAAGGACGCGCGAGUAGUGAAUUUUGAUCCCGUGUGGCAUGAAAUAUUCUACCCGUCCAAAGAGGACUUGAUGAGCAAGUAUCGUAUAAUUGUCACCACUCUGGUCACCGCAGGAAGGUUGGUCUCGGCGAAGUUUCCUCGCAAUCAUUUCAGCCACAUUUUCAUAGACGAGGCAGGGCAUGCAACAGAACCCGAGUGUAUCAUCCCUGUAGCGGAUCUCCUGGACCCUAAUCAUCCAAGGGGCGGUCAGCUGGUACUCGCUGGAGACCCCAAGCAGUUGGGACCGAUUCUCAGGUCACGAACCACACGGGAAUAUGGUCUCGAAACAUCACUUUUGGAACGACUGAUGACGUCAUGCAACACAUACUCACGUGAUCCCCGCGGGAGUUACGACUCUGAUCUGCUGACGAAACUUGUGAACAACUAUCGCUCACAUAAGAACAUCAUUGAGAUUCCCAAUGAGCUGUUUUAUGACAACGAAUUGAAAGAAUGUGCUGGAGAUUUUAGAAACGUGAUGCUCGACUGGGAGCAGUUACCGAAUAAGAAAUUUCCGAUGAUCUUCCACGCAGUGUACGGUAAAGACGAGAGGGAAGAAUAUAGUCCUUCAUUCUUUAACAUUCCUGAGGUAGACACUAUAGAGCGCUACCUGAAGAUGCUACUCGAUGACAAUGUGAGGAGCAGACGAUUGAAACACUUGAAACCAGAGAUGAUUGGCAUCAUUUCUCCUUACAAGAGACAAGUAAGUCGAUCAUGUGGCCGCAUUUCAGCAACAGCCACGAUUACAAAAGCAGUAACAACAUCAAGCCAGGAUUAGCUAGGAUUGGAAUGGCGCCACUUUGGAGCGAGAAUUAAUUUCCGUCAUAUUCUGUGAUCUCCAUGUCUUUCGCUCUACUCCUUCGGGCGAUUCUAUUAUGAUCGAUAACGACUGUAGCAAAAACUAUAAUAGGGUCUUCAACACUUGUGUUGAACAUAUCCGAAAGGAAACGAAAACUCAGUUAUAUCAUUGAAACAUAAUUUGCGAAUAAGAAAUGAAACACGGUUUCUAAACUUGUCAAAAGUCAUCAAAAAUUAGCCUCUUCCACACACCUUCAGUUAGUUGGGGGGCAGGGCAAAAGACGGUGAGCGAAAAAAGGAGAGAAAGGCUUGGUCCGUUCCCACGACGCCCAUCUCCCCCCAAUUUUUGGCUCGCUAUUUUUCACGUUGCGCCCCAACUAACUGAACACCUGGAAGAGGCUAUCUUCACCAACCAAUAGCGUAGCUCCAUCUUUCUGUAUAUAAACCACUCACAACCCACAAUUCCUCGAUUCGCUCCGACGA